CGGUGAGUGUCCCCGCGGCCCGCGCCUGGCCCGGCCAGCCCCCGCUCCCCGGCCCCCGCGCCAGCGUUAGCGGCCGCCUGCCGGUUCCCCGGUGCCCGCGCCCGGCACAGUCCGCCUCCGGCCGGCGCCUCCACACCGGGGCAGAGGCAGCGCCGGCCCUCGGGCCGGGAGGAGGACGGCGGGCGGGGGACCGCGAGUCCGGGCCGUGAGCCCUGUGCAGACCGCGCCAUGCGUAGUGGGGCUUGUGCUUAGUAGGCUCUCGAAGCAUUUCUGAGGAAUUGUUUUUCUGGUUGGAGGGAUGUUGGGUGCCUAAGGGGAAGGGGGUCGUCCAGGGCUAGUUGGAGGGCGCUAGCGAUCGUGAGUAGGGGUCGUGAGAGGCCACAGAGACUAGGGGGGCAGUUACGCGCUCUGUGGGGAACGGGCCACUGGCUAAGUCAUUUGGGCUCCAAGGCUCCGAUCCGGGGGGUCUUCAAGGUCAACGAGAAGCGGUCCACUGGGAGAUGAGAGAGAGCUGGGGAGCUUAGAUGGGGGAAGUGACUGGAGCACCUCCGGGGGUUUAACCCGAGGUGGAAAGGGGUGCGCAGGCGGCUGCUGGAAGACCCUUCAACUACUUGGACUCCUACGAUCGUUUGGUGCUGAGAUUUGGGCAUUCAAAUAGCUGAAGCGAACUGACUUUCUGGAGAGGGAGUUGCAUUUAAAGAAGGAUGCUACGAAGCAGUUUAAGUACACAUGUCGGUUUGUUUCCGAACUUUGAAAGGCUGGGGGAUUGGAUUCGUGAGGUGAUUUUUGACAUUUUACUUUGGCAUUCCAACCAAGAGGAGGCUUGCUCCUGGAACUUGCCAGUUAUCCUUCAUGUACAAAAUAUCUUAUAAUCAAUGGAUAAAGUGGGGAAGAUGUGGAAUAACUUCAAAUACAGGUGUCAAAAUCUCUUCGGUCAUGAGGGAGGGAGCCGUAGUGAAAAUGUGGACGUGAACUCCAACAGAUAUCUGUCUGUUAAAGAGAGAAACAUCAGUAUAGGAGACUCAGCUCCUCAGCAACAAAGCAGUCCCUUAAGAGAAAAUGUUGCCUUACAACUGGGAUUAAGCCCUUCAAAGAAUUCUUCAAGGAGAAACCCUAACUGUGCCACUGAAAUUCCUCAGAUUGUUGAAAUAAGCAUUGAAAAGGAUAAUGAUUCAUGUGUCACCCCAGGAACAAGACUGGCAAGAAGAGAUUCCUACUCUCGGCAUGCCCCAUGGGGUGGGAAGAAAAAACAUUCCUGUUCUACAAAGACACAGAGUUCAUUGGAUACUGAUAAAAAGUUUGGUAGAACUCGAAGCGGACUUCAAAGGAGAGAGAGGCGGUAUGGCGUAAGCUCGGUGCACGAUAUGGACGGCAUGUCCAGCAGAACUGUGGGAAGUCGCUCUCUGAGACAGAGGUUGCAGGAUACGGUGGGCUUGUGUUUUCCCAUGCGAACUUACAGCAAGCAGUCAAAACCCCUCUUCUCUAAUAAAAGAAAAAUACACCUUUCUGAAUUAAUGCUUGAGAAAUGCCCUUUUCCUGCCGGCUCAGAUUUAGCCCAAAAAUGGCAUUUGAUUAAACAGCAUACAGCCCCUGUGAGCCCACACUCAACAUUUUUUGAUACAUUUGAUCCAUCCUUGGUUUCUACAGAAGAUGAAGAAGAUAGACUUCGAGAGAGAAGACGGCUUAGUAUUGAAGAGGGGGUUGACCCUCCUCCCAACGCACAAAUACAUACAUUUGAAGCCACCGCACAGGUUAAUCCGUUAUAUAAACUGGGACCAAAGUUAGCUCCUGGAAUGACUGAAGUAAGUGGGGACAAUACUGCAAUUCCACAAGUUAAUUGUGACUCAGAAGAGGACACUACUACCCUGUGUCUACAGUCUCGGAGGCAGAAGCAACGUCAGGUGUCUGGAGAUAGCCAUGCCCACGUUAGCAGACAGGGAGCUUGGAAAGUCCAUACACAGAUUGAUUACAUACACUGCCUCGUGCCUGAUUUGCUUCAGAUUACAGGGAAUCCCUGUUACUGGGGAGUGAUGGACCGUUACGAAGCAGAAGCCCUCCUUGAAGGAAAACCUGAAGGCACAUUCUUGCUCAGGGACUCUGCGCAAGAGGACUACCUCUUCUCCGUGAGCUUCCGGCGCUACAACAGGUCCCUGCACGCCCGGAUUGAACAGUGGAACCACAACUUUAGUUUUGAUGCCCAUGACCCAUGUGUAUUUCACUCCUCCACUGUAACAGGACUCUUAGAACAUUAUAAAGAUCCCAGUUCUUGCAUGUUUUUUGAACCAUUGCUUACUAUCUCACUAAACAGGACUUUCCCUUUUAGCCUGCAGUAUAUCUGCCGUGCAGUAAUCUGUAGAUGCACUACAUAUGAUGGAAUUGAUGGGCUCCCUUUACCGUCAAUGUUGCAGGAUUUUUUGAAAGAGUAUCAUUAUAAGCAAAAAGUUAGAGUUCGCUGGUUAGAACGAGAACCGGUCAAGGCAAAGUAAACUCUCCUGCCCCCAAAGGGCAUUAACUAGAUCUGCUUUUAUGUGCAUCAGACAGUACACCUAUAGCAAGCACACGUAUCAGUGUUAGGUUUUUUCAGUACAGUAUGUAGGCUUAGUGUUAGUAUCUGUCAGAUGCAGUCUGCUGUUAGUCAGGUAAACGUGGUGCCUGUUGAGACAACAGAAGACAGCUACAGGUGUUCAGUGAGGCUACAAAAACACUUUGUCGAUUGAGCUAACGGUUUGGUUUUUAAUGACUGUAGUAAUUGAGUGAGGCAACUCUGGGGCAUUUGCUAUGAAGAAUUCUAUUUCUUACUGAAGAACAAAUUAUUACUAUUGGAUGAGUAUUUCAACAGUGUGACUAAUGUUUGAAAUUGUUAUUUUUUCUAAGAAUUUUUCUAUAACCUUCCAAAAGUAGUGAUGUUUGUAGUUACUAUAAAUCAAGCUUUGGAAGUCCAAAAAAUAAAGACUGCCUUCCUUUGAGAAAAAAAAAAUGCAAUUUUCUGGCCACAAGGGCAUAGUGCAGUUCACUUAAGUGUUGAUGUAGUUUAUAGUCAGUCCCCUGUCUCUUCUGCAAAAGGUACUGUUAAAUAAACCAGGUUUUCUAAAUAGUUCUUAAAAUUUCAGGCUUACAAAGUUGGUAGUAGAAUUUUAUUUAAAGGCCUUAGGUAUUUUUUUUUUAAUGAGUGCUUUAACUUAAAACACAUUGGGAAUAGCUACAGUGUAGUCCUGUGUGAUUUUUUUUUUUUAAGUUAAUACACGCAUUCUAAUCAUUCAUUAGUUAAAGUUGGAUCUUUCUGUGCCCAUGAUGAGUUUGUGAACCAUGAAGGAAAUGAGACUAGAAGAUGCCCAACCAAGUCAGAUAACAGUAACUACAGUGGUUGCUGAUGUUGACAUUAUUGUUAAACUGUAAUGAACAGUUUGGAUGGCAGUAUUUAUAUCUUUGUUGUAAACUCUCGUAGCUGAAUUGCUUAAGUACAAUUUAUAGAAUUUCAGUGCAGUGAAUUUCUAAUGGAAACUCUGAAACCUACAUUGCAGAUUUAAAAGGUACUGUACAACCAUUGUAUCUGUAAAUAACUUUACUUAGCACCUUUUUGUCACUUAGAAUAGUAUGCAAUACUACUUGAGUGAGCUAUUUUGGAAGUAAUACCAAGUUCUAGUGUUUGCUUCUUAGUAACGAACUGAAUUUACAGUUCUGUCCUAGACAUUUUGCACUAGUCGAAUCCAUUCUUGUGUCUUUUUGUUCAUGUGCUCUGUACCACUGGUGAGUGCUCCUUGGUUUCCUUACCUGCUGCUACAGAAAGUUCUUUUACAUCCUGAUGGCUAUUGCCAAGGCUACAAAAGAAGAAAAGCUAUAUUUGUAUGCAACACUAACCCUUUGACUGCUAAUGUACGUUUCUGCUUGCUGUGCCUUGUUAUGGCUGCUUUUUUGUGCUAAUAAAGUACGUUUGGUGUUCUCCUUGUAUAUCUGCUGUUUUAUACAUUUGCAACAAUUUCUCUUAUAAAUGCAAUGGUAUUGGGGUUUUUAAACAAGCAUUACCUGACAACCUACUAUAGUUAAUGCAGAAUUACUGUACAGUCUAAUAUUGGCUUAUUCUGAGUAAGCAGAUUCUAAAUUUAAUGCUAUUCAUCUUUCUAACCAUAAUCACAUACGCUGUGGAGCAGUAUCUAUAGUUACUGCACAUUACUGUACAGUUUAGAUUAUAACACAAAAUAAACAGAGAAAUAUUGACUAACCUAUUGAUUUCUCUGCUUAUAAAUGAAAGAUUGAAGCUAUCAAUGACGGUUGUAAUAAAUGAAGAUCUUUAGUCUCCCACUUUAUCAGAAACAAGUUAAAUGAAGUCUUGUGAACUAAGAAUAUAUCAGUGCCAUUUAUUGGUUUGGGGACCAUUUUUAUUAGUCAUAAAUGCCCAAAAUGUAGAACUUUAACCAAAGACUUGUCCAUUUUUAAAGCAAAAUGGGGAUUGAGGGGACUUAUAAUUCCUGUUAUUUCUAAUAGAAGUCCCUGAAGAACAUAUACCAAAGUGUUUGAGAACGUCAUCCAAACCUACUUUAAAGCAUUAUGUGCAAUUAAGUUGUUACGACAUAAUUAUAUUGCAUAACUGUUGGGUCCGUUUUCUUGAGCUUAUAAUGUAUCUGGAAAAUAAUCUCUUGGAAAAGAAAAAAGUCCUUACUGAUUAUUGGAGAAGGAUUAUAUAUGCAAGCAAGAUCUUGUUUUAAAGAGGAAACUUGAAACUCCAAGAAAACACUUGAUGUUUUAUAUGCUUGUAGCAAAUUGAUGUUCUAAUUGUAGUUUUAUAGAAAAUAUUAAUGCUUUUAUGUAUUUCAGAACUUUCAUAUGUUAAAUGGAAAUUGUUUUAAAUGUGUAAAUAUUUGAGUUUUAUGUGAGCAUGUAUACACUGUGCUAAAAGUCACAUGUUCCAGUUUGUGUGUAAUAUUAAUAUGCAACCUUUGGUUUAAAAUUUUUUUCUUAAAAAAUUAGUGGCUUACAUUUUAAAAAAGAAAAAUCACCAGCAUGAAAUUGCACCUUAGUCUAUAUUCACUGUGUCUUUUUCUGAAUCCCACUGUAGCCUGUCAACUAAAUUUUUGUUUUCAUGGUCUUUUUGAAGUGCAUUUUAAUACAAACCAGGAAAUUCUUUAGAAGUUUGGACACAUCUUCAUAGUAAAGUAAUUAACCCAAGGAAA